AUGCUAGCCCCAGAGCUCCAGCUCGCCGUUCUCUCAUAUCUCUCAGUCAAGGACAUCCAGAGGUGCCGACGCGUGAACCGUUACAUGAGAGAUCUCAUCGACAAUCCUGCGAAUCAGGUCAUCUGCGCUGCGCCGAGUAUCGCCCAAGCGCGCAAGAAGUUCGACGAGUUCAUCAAGAGCCAUAUCGAGUACGAUGUUGACGCGGUGGAUGAAGAUGGGAACCCCUGCGGUUUUCUAAACGCUCUGGUCGCUUACACGAAAUCUCAUGGCAUUUGUCAGAGCCACUGCGAGCUGCAUGUUCUCCAGCUGGAGGAUUUUGCAGCGCACUGGAUUGAGCGAUGGCAGCUGAGUCAAGAGGUCUCGGAGGAGAAUCGAUGCUCAGCAGUCAUGUCGGCCGCCGCAGGGCUACAUGCUCUCCACAUGUUGCGCGAAGGAUUGCAUCAUUCCCAAUUCGGCCAGAUAAGGGUCGGCAAACUGGAAUACAUUCUUGGGCGGCACAUCACGCAUGAGCUAUUUGGCGUCUCGGGAGAGCAGUGCAGCUCGGCACUAUUCCAGAAGAUAGCUGCUGGUGCUUUUGAAGGCACGCGCUGUCAUGAGCGAGGCGAAAGUCUUGGUUGCGUGGGCUGCAGAUCGCCGUCUAAAUUCAAGCUUGUCGGUAUGCUGUCCCAGCUUGAAACGAGCCAUUACCUGUCAGCGAAAGCGAACGAGGAUGUGGAUGAAUACAUUACCGACAUGCGCAAUGGCGCGAGACUCCACGGACACGCCCUUGCGACAGUCAGAGCUGCGUUGGAGGAGCGCAAGCGCGAGGAGGCUUCCUGGACCGAGGUGCUGCGCAAGGAGCAACCCCAGUUUCGAAACCCGUGGCGUUCACUGGCGGGCGUUCAAGACAGUACCGACGGAGUUGAAAGCUACCUUGCACAGCCCGCCAUGGUCCAGGGGCCAUCAAUGAGCACCCACGGUGGUGCGAACGGAGAUGACGUCUUGCCACAAGAUUCUCCAUCCAACCAAGGGGACGAGGUUGGCGCAUUGUUGUUCGAGCUAUUCGAGUUGCCAAAGUUGCCCGGUAACCUUGAAUUUGCCUACUACGGCCGCUCUCGACGCCUGGUAUCUUUGAUGAAGGAAGUGAUGCAGGGCGAGAAGAAGUUGACGCCGCUCCGCAAAGCUGCGAUCCUGGAUUCGAUCAUCAUUUGGUAG